AAUUCAUUAACGCCAAACCAAAAUGAACGGUUCGCUGUGGACAUUUCACAAAACAAAAUAUUUAUGGUAAAAAAACUAACAAAAAAUCCUACAUUGUUCCAGCUCCAUCCUUUUCCUCUUUAUUUUCAAUUUCCUCCUCCAUUGUGAGAACAAAUUCAUACCAGAAAUAAGUCCAAAAGCUGAUUCUAAGCAACCCUAAAUGGGGUUUUUGAUGGUGAUUUUAAAAUAAGAGGGAUCGAACAAUGUUGUCUAAAGGUGAACAUCAAUCGGUUCCACUGUCUGUAUUGCUGAAGCGGGAACAUGCCCAAGAAAAGAUUGAAAGACCCGAUAUUUCUCAUGGUCAAGCUAAUCAGAUCAAGAAAGGAGAAGACUUCACCUUCCUCAAGCCUGAAUGCCAACGGGUUUUGGGAGAUGAAGUCACUAACUUUUCGGUUUUUGGGUUAUUUGAUGGACACAAUGGGUCGGCAGCCGCUAUAUAUACUAAAGAGAAUCUAUUGCAGAAUGUAUUGAGUGCUAUUCCCGCAGACCUCAAUAGAUAUGAGUGGAUUGCAGCAUUGCCUAGGGCUUUGGUUGCAGGAUUCGUCAAGACAGACAAAGAAUUCCAAGAAAAAGCACAAAAAUCAGGGACAACGGUAACAUUUGUUAUUAUUGAAGGAUGGGUUGUAACAGUUGCAUCAGUUGGUGAUUCACUUUGUGUAUUAGAAUCUGCAGAAGGGGGAAUUUAUCAUCUAUCAGCUGAUCAUAGACUAGAGUGCAAUGAAGAAGAGAGGGAACGAAUAACAACAAGUGGUGGAGAGGUUGGUCGACUUAAUACUGGUGGUGGUACACAGAUUGGUCCUUUAAGAUGUUGGCCUGGUGGAUUAUGCCUCUCACGAUCCAUUGGUGAUAUGGAUGUUGGCGAGUUCAUUGUUCCGGUACCCUAUGUAAAACAAGUGAAGCUAUCUUCAGCAGGUGGAAGACUAGUAAUUGCAAGUGAUGGUGUCUGGGAUGCUUUGUCUGCAGAAAUAUCGAUAGAAUGUUGUCGUGGAAUGUCUCCAGAUGCUGCCGCUAGUCAAAUUGUUAAGGAAGCCGUGCAGCCAAAAGGAAUUCGAGAUGACACAACGUGUAUUGUGGUUGACAUACAGCCAUUAGAAAAGCCAAAUCCUCCACAGGCACCACCCAAAAAGUCAGGGAAAAAAGUGUUCAAGUCUAUAUUUCGUAAAAAAACUUCUGAGUCGUGUUCUAAUACUGAGAGAGAUUAUGAUGAACCAGAUGUGGUUGAAGAACUAUUUGAGGAAGGAUCUGCAUUACUUUCUGACAGAUUAGAUGCCAAAUAUCCAAUUUGCAACAUGUUUAAGUUAUUCAUCUGUGCCAUCUGUCAAGUAGAAAUAAAGCCUGGAGAAGGUAUUUCAAUACAUGUUGGGUCCUCCAAUACAAGAAACUUUCGUCAGUGGGAUGGCCCUUUCCUUUGCUCAAGCUGUCAAGAGAAGAAAGAAGCCAUGGAAGGAAAAAGACCUUCGGGAAAUGGAAGAUAUAGUAGUGACAGCGACUAGUUAACCCCCACAUUCAACUAUUUUAACAAUUAUUUCACUGAUGAUUAUAGUUGGUAGUUUGAAUGUAGAUUUAUUCUAUUUCAAUAGAAAAAAAGGAGAAGGUAUAGUUGGGUUGCCUCUAUUAGGUAAAAGAUAGAGAGUAACAACUGUCCUAGUGAAUUGAUGUGCCACUUUCUAAAAAAAGAGGUUAACAUAUUUAAAGUAAAUCCCUCCCCAGCUACAUGUGAUAUGAUUAUAAAGACAUAUAAGAGUAAACUAAUAUCUGAUUGACAUCACUGCCAUAA